CAAAGUUCCCCACAAGCCCACUAGGGUUCACAACCGUACGUAUUUCCUUCCUCUUCCGCACUUUAAGCCCGUUUCUUUCUCUUUUCCAUUUUUCCCAAGCCGGCUGUUUACCCAUCUCAGCACUUUAGUGUCGUCGUCGACGCCGUCUCUCUUCGUUUCAGUGGCGCCACCGCCGCCUUUCAUCUGCUCGUGCGGCUGUAAACUUCCUCCUAGUGCCAAUAAUGGAUGUCGAUUCUGAUGCAAGUCAUAAACCAACUGAUGACGCCGAGUGCAGGCCAAUGGAGUCUGAAGAUUCAAAUGAUAAGGGUAAAGCAAAAGAGGAGCUUGCUGAUUCAAUUAAGAACUUAAAUAUUGAAGAAUCAUCUAGGCAUGCCGGCUCUCUAGCCACAAACUUCAGACGAAAACCAGUUAUUAUCAUUGUCAUAGGGAUGGCAGGAAGUGGGAAGACAACUUUCCUUCAUCGUCUAGUGUGCCACACGCAUGCUUCAAAUAUCAGGGGUUAUGUAAUGAAUCUCGAUCCUGCUGUAAUGACACUACCUUUCGGUGCUAAUAUUGAUAUAAGAGAUACCGUGCGAUACAAGGAAGUGAUGAAGCAAUUCAAUCUUGGGCCUAAUGGAGGAAUUUUGACGUCACUUAACUUGUUUGCCACCAAAUUUGAUGAGGUAAUUUCAGUGAUCGAAAAGCGAGCAGAUCAGCUUGAUUAUGUCCUUGUCGAUACUCCUGGUCAAAUUGAGAUAUUCACAUGGUCUGCAUCUGGGGCCAUCAUCACUGAGGCUUUUGCUUCCACCUUUCCCACUGUAAUUGCUUAUGUUGUUGAUACACCUCGUUCAUCUAAUCCAGUCACAUUCAUGAGCAACAUGCUUUAUGCCUGUUCUAUCCUCUACAAGACAAGGCUGCCAGUUGUGUUGGUUUUUAAUAAAACUGAUGUGGCAAAACACGAGUUUGCUUUGGAGUGGAUGGAAGAUUUUGAAGCGUUUCAAGCUGCCGUCAGUUCUGAUAGUUCAUACACCUCCACGUUAAGUCAGAGUCUUUCCCUUGUGCUGGAUGAGUUCUAUAAGAACUUGAAAUCUGUUGGAGUUUCUGCAGUUUCUGGCGCCGGAAUGGAUUCUUUCUUUAAAGCAAUUGAAUCCAGUGCGGAGGAGUACAUGGAAAACUACAAGGCAGAGCUUGACAAGAGAGUUGCCGAAAAGCAGCGAUUAGAGGAAGAGCGCAGACGGGAAAACAUGGAGAAGUUGAGGAGAGAUAUGGAGAGCUCCAAGGGACAAACAGUGGUUUUGAGCACGGGUUUGAAGGAUGACAAGAGUAAAACUAAGAGUAAAACUAAGAUGGUUGACAAUGAUGUUGAAGAGAUUGAUGAAGAAGAUGAAGACGAUGAUGAUUACGAUAGAUUUACCGAAGAGGAUGAUGCCAUCGAUGAGGAUGAAGAUGAAGAGGUUGCUAGAUUCUCCUUUUAGUAGCGGAGAAGGAAAAUGAAACUGUGUAUAGGUUUUACGAAGGAACUAAGUCACCAUUCACUCCAAAUACGAGUCUCUGACCAUUGUUUUUCUGACAUUAUAACAAGGUUUGCUUAUUGGAGGCUCUUAUGAUAAUAUUGCAUUUUUCAUGAUGGUCCUUGUCAUCCAUAGGAGCUUUGGUUUGAAAGCUGGCUUUCCCAUGUCCUUGUAAUGUUGUACAUUUUGAUGGUUCCCUGUUUAUGAUGGCUAAUAUAAGAUCAAUAUUUUGAAA